GGGGCGGGCGGGCGCGGGAGGCGCGGGCGGCGGCGGCGGCGAGGAGCGCCGGGUACCGGGCCGGGGGAGCCGCGGGCUCUCGGGGAAGGCGCGGAUGAUGAACAAGCUUUACAUCGGGAACCUGAGCCCCGCCGUCACCGCCGACGACCUCCGGCAGCUCUUCGGGGACAGGAAGCUGCCCCUGGCGGGACAGGUCCUGCUCAAGUCCGGCUACGCCUUCGUGGACUACCCCGACCAGAACUGGGCCAUCCGCGCCAUCGAGACCCUCUCGGGUAAAGUGGAGUUGCAUGGGAAAAUCAUGGAAGUUGAUUAUUCAGUCUCUAAAAAGCUAAGGAGCAGGAAAAUUCAGAUUCGAAAUAUCCCUCCUCACCUCCAGUGGGAGGUAUUGGAUGGACUUUUGGCUCAGUAUGGAACAGUGGAGAAUGUGGAACAAGGUAAUAAGCGAGGAAAUCAGCCUACUGAAUUUUGCAGAGGGGCAUUGCCUGUUAUUUUUAAUGGUCUGGGCUCAACUCUAAGGAAAAAGGUCAACACAGACACAGAAACUGCUGUUGUCAAUGUCACAUAUGCAACAAGAGAAGAAGCAAAAAUAGCCAUGGAGAAGCUAAGUGGGCAUCAGUUUGAGAACUACUCCUUCAAGAUUUCCUACAUCCCAGAUGAAGAGGUGAGCUCCCCUCCGCCCCCUCAGGGAGCCCAGCGUGGGGACCACUCUUCCCGGGAGCAAGGCCACGCCCCUGGGGGCUCUUCUCAGGCCAGACAGAUUGAUUUCCCGCUGCGGAUCCUGGUCCCCACCCAGUUUGUUGGUGCCAUCAUCGGAAAGGAGGGCUUGACCAUAAAGAACAUCACUAAGCAGACGCAGUCCCGGGUAGACAUCCACAGAAAGGAGAACUCCGGGGCUGCAGAGAAGCCUGUCACCAUCCAUGCCACCCCAGAGGGGACAUCCGAAGCCUGCCGCAUGAUCCUUGAAAUCAUGCAGAAGGAGGCUGAUGAGACCAAACUAGCCGAAGAGAUUCCUCUGAAAAUCUUGGCCCACAAUGGCUUGGUUGGAAGGCUGAUUGGCAAAGAAGGCAGAAAUUUGAAGAAAAUUGAGCACGAGACAGGGACCAAGAUUACAAUCUCAUCUUUGCAGGAUUUGAGCAUCUACAACCCUGAGCGAACCAUCACUGUGAAGGGUGCGGUGGAAGCCUGCGCCAGCGCCGAAGUGGAGAUCAUGAAGAAGCUUCGUGAGGCCUUUGAAAACGACAUGCUGGCCGUUCAUCAACAAGCCAAUCUGAUACCAGGGUUGAACCUCAGCGCACUUGGCAUCUUUUCAACAGGACUGUCUGUGCUGCCUCCACCAGCAGGGCCCCGAGGGGCUCCCCCCACUGCCCCCUACCACCCCUUCGCCACCCACUCCGGAUACUUCUCCAGCCUGUACCCCCAUCACCAGUUCGGCCCGUUCCCGCACCAUCACUCCUACCCGGAGCAGGAGAUCGUGAAUCUCUUCAUCCCGACCCAGGCCGUCGGCGCCAUCAUCGGGAAGAAAGGGGCGCACAUCAAGCAGCUGGCGCGGUUUGCAGGGGCCUCCAUCAAGAUUGCCCCGGCCGAAGGCCCUGAUGUCAGCGAGCGGAUGGUCAUCAUCACCGGACCCCCUGAAGCCCAGUUCAAGGCGCAGGGACGGAUCUUCGGGAAACUGAAAGAAGAAAACUUCUUCAACCCCAAAGAAGAGGUGAAGCUGGAAGCCCACAUCAGAGUACCCUCCUCCACCGCCGGCCGGGUGAUCGGCAAAGGCGGCAAAACCGUGAAUGAACUGCAGAACCUGACCAGCGCUGAAGUCAUUGUGCCUCGUGACCAAACGCCAGAUGAGAAUGAGGAAGUGAUUGUCAGGAUUAUCGGGCAUUUCUUUGCCAGCCAGACUGCACAGCGCAAGAUCAGGGAAAUCGUACAGCAGGUUAAGCAGCAGGAGCAGAAGUACCCUCAGGGAGUCACCUCACAGCGCAGCAAGUGAGGCUGCCCGGCACCAGCAAACAACGGAUGAAUGUAGCCCUCCCAACACCUGACCGCCUCGACCAAACACAGCCAGCAGAUCGGGAGCAAACCAAAGACCAUCCUGAGGGGCGAGAAGUCUGCAGGGCAGCGCCCACAACGCCGCCACGCCGAAGAGGGGCUGCCGGGAAUCUGGGGUCCCCAGAGCCGCCGCGCCUCCCCGCCUCUGCAGGCUUCCCAGCCAUCACACCCAUCCACUCGGGCCUCCCCAACCCCCACGACGCUACCCCUUUUAGUUGAACUAACAUAGGUGAACGUGUUCAAAGCAAAGCAAAUUCCCCUCUUUUCUUUUUUUUUUUUUCCUUUUUUUUUUUUUUCUCUUUUGUGGAAAAUCGUCUCUGUACAUGUGUGUACAUAUUAGAAGGGGAAAGAUGUUAAGAUAUGUGGCCUGUAGGUUAUACAGGGUGCCUGCAGCAUUAAUAUAUUUUAGAAAUAAUAUAUCAAAUAACUCGACUAACUCCCAAUUUUUACUCAAUUAAUUAUUAAUUUUGUUUUCUUUUUUCAACCAGAAAGCAGGCUUUUCUAGACUUUAAAGAAUAAAGUCUUUCUUGGGGGGAGGUCUCAUGGUGUAGAAAGAAACCUCAAGGCCACCCACAGAAUUCACCCAGAGGGGAUUCUGGUCGAAGGAUGCACGCAGCAGUGCUGGGUCACCAUGUCUCAGCAGAAGGGGUACCGUCUCGCGGGGGGGCCCGGCCCUCGCCACCUGUCUAGCUCACACCUGUUUCUUUUGGCUUCACAGGUUUUAAACUGGUUUUUUGCAUCUGCUAUAGAACUUUCUGUCUCUCUCUGUCUCUCAUCCCACUCUGUAUCCGUCCCGUAUCUCUGCACCCCAGGCAAAGCAGUGCUCUGAGUCUCACAUCACGCAGGAGGAACAAAUGCGAACACACAAACCAGCCUCAGCUUACACUUGGUCACUCAAGAGAACAAGAGUCAGUGGUACUUGUCCUAGCCUUUCGGAAGAGGAAAACAGGAACCCGUCAAACCAACCAGCCACCCAAACCGAGGAAAAGCCCAUAGAGAAAGAAUGUAUUUUGUCGUUUUACAUUGUGGUGUAUAAAGCCAUCCAUGUUCAGUGAAAUGAUUUCUUUUCAAAACAAAACAAAAAAAAAAAAAAAGUGGAGGAAAAUAACAAUUUACACAAGGUUGUUGGCCCAGGGCGUUAAAAAUUUACAGAUUUUUUAAAAACAAAAACACACACAAAAAAAGCUACCUCAGGUGUUUUUUACCUCAGCACCUUGCUCUUGUGUUUCCCUUAGAGAUUUUGUAAAAGUGAUAGUUGGAGCAUUUUUUUAUUUUUUUAAUAAAAAUGAGUUGGAAAAAAAAUCAACUGCCAGCCUGGAGAAGGUGACAGGCCAAGUGUGUGACAGCCGUUCUGAAUUGUCUUCCGCUAGCCGAGAGCCUGUAUGGCCUUCUUUUGGACAAACCUUGAAAAUGUUUAUUAAAAAGAAAAAAAGAAGACAAAAACAGAGAGAGAAAAUACUGGAGAGGUCCUGAAUUCCAAUAGGGUACGCGCCAUUAGGGCUUUCUGCGCUAAAGGAUGAACAUGCUCUGGUUUUGUGAACAAGCCAUUUACUGCCAGACUGCAAUGCCAGUUUCCUCUACUGCAAACAGUGUUCUGUGACAAAAAAGGAAAAAAAAAAAAAAAAAAAAAUCUGAAAAAAAUAUAUCCAGCUAACAAGA